AUGGCUCCUGCUGCUCCUGCCCAGAAUGUUAUCCGAGGUUUCGAGACACCCAUCACGUCCGGCGGAGAAGAGUCGGACGCCUCGACAUGCCCCUCACCACUCAUGACUCCUCGUAUGCGCGGCUUGAACGGGGCAGCCAACAGCCCAAGGCUCAGCGCCUCGAACGGCUCAGGCAUCAGCGCUCUCAAGACGCAGCUCGACGCUCUGACUCUUGGCCGUGCAUCUCCUGCUCCCUCCAUGACACGCGAGAACAGCAACGCCUCGAACUUCGAUAGUACCCCUACCAUGUCCUCGGCCGCUAGCGACGUCGAUGCAAAAGAGUUGGAAACAUACCAGAUCGAUCUCGAGCAUGACUUCAUUAGCGCAGAUGCUUGUGCUAAGCCCCAGGCUACAUUUCCUGUUGAAGGCGGCCUCCGUACUGAGUCUGUCUUGCGCAAGAUGACAGCCGAGGACUUUGAGCCGCUCAAGUGUUUGGGCAAGGGAGCCUUUGGCACAGUCCACCUGGUGAAGCAACGUGCUUCUGGACGCCUAUUUGCUCAGAAGCAGUUCCGCAAAGCCUCUUUGACUGUUCAUAAGCGCCUCAUCGAACAGACUCGCACCGAACGCAGCAUUCUCGAGAGUGUCAACCGCCACCCUUUUGUUGUUAAACUCUUCUACGCUUUCCAAGACCACGAGAGACUUUACCUGAUCCUGGAGUAUGCCCAAGGUGGUGAGCUUUUCACUCAUUUGGCCAUGGAGCGAAUGUUCACCGAGGAAGUUGCUUCUUUCUACAUGGCUGAAAUGGUUCUCGCUCUUGAGCACUUGCAUCGCAAUGUUCGUGUCGUCUAUCGCGACCUGAAGCCUGAGAACUGUUUGCUCGACUCGGACGGCCAUCUGCUUCUCACUGACUUCGGUCUGUCCAAGGUCGCGCUCGAAGACGACUCGUGCAGCUCUUUCCUUGGCACUGUCGAAUACAUGGCUCCUGAAGUCGUCCAGGCCACUGCCUAUGGCUUUGCUGUCGACUGGUGGUCUCUCGGUGCAAUCGGAUUCGACUUGCUCACAGGCUCACCUCCUUUCGGCUGCAACAACAACGCUAAGAUCCAGCAGAACAUUCUCAAGCAGAAACUGCAACUGCCUUACUUCCUUGGCCCGGACUCGAAGGACCUGCUCACUCGUCUCUUACGCAAAGAGCCCAACAAGCGUCUUGGGGCCAACAUGCCAAAGGAUCUCGACAUCAUCAAGAAGCACCGCUUCUUCCGAAAGAUCGAUUGGAAGAAGCUUGCAAAACGCGAAUUGGAGCCUCCGAUUCGCCCUCUCAUCACCGAUCCAGAGUUGGCUGAGAACUUCGCCAAGGAGUUCACCGAUCUACCGAUGUCCCCAGCGGAUGAUAGGGAAUCCACUAUCAUGCAGGACUCUACUAUGAUCGACAUCGGGUCUGGUACAAAGGAGCUUGAGUUUGGGUCCAAUCCUUUUGGCGGAUUCAGCUUCGUCGCAAGCCAGAGUCUGCUUGACAAGGUUGACUUCAUGUGA